AUGGGAGACAGGCUGCACGCCUUCGUGCUCUGCUCCUCCGUAGCCGCACUCUUCGGCAGCCGGGGACAGGCCAACUACGCUGCUGCCAGUGCCUACCUCGACGAGUUGGCGAGGCUGCGGACGGCACACGACCUACCUGCCGUCAGCCUGCAGUGGCCGGCAAUCGAUCCCUGGCCGGAGGAGCCCGAGCCGACUGCCAGGGAGGGAUAUUGGAACGGCCUGUCCUCAGGUCUGGAUAAGAAGACAGCCAAGAGCAGCAUCAACCUGACCGCGGUGAGGCAAGUCUUCAAGUUGGCUGUCGCUGGCGCCAAAGAUCCCGGGGAGCCAGUACAGGCCGUGCUGCCCGGCGCGUACCUGUCACCGACGUCAACCACAGUUCGCAGCUUGUUAGAGCCGCUUCUUGCUCGGCGGAAG